AUGGCGAUUGAUGACAAUGAGAGCUGCGGCAGCCGCGCGGUGGAGACGGCGUCGCCGAAGCAAAACCGGUUAGAUAGGCAUCGUCUUGAAGUAUACAACGAAGUGCUGAGCCGGCUCCAAGAUUUGGAUCGCGAGGAGGUUAGGCUCCCUGGCUUCGAGGACGAACUCUGGCUGCAUUUUAAUCGCCUUCCUGCUCGUUAUGCGAUCGAUGUGAAUGUAGAAAGGGCAGAAGAUGUGCUCACACACAAGAGGUUGAUGGAUCUGGCUCGGGAUCCUAAAAACCGACCCGCUUUUGAUGUUCGACCUGUUAAGGUUCAUCCUACUUCAGUUGAUGAAUCAGAAUCUGUUCAUACAGAUUCACCAACUAGAGAAGAUGCUCAAAGUCGGUUGAAUGAGUCAAACCAAUGGGGAAUCCAUGCCCCACCUACAUUCGGUUCAGCAUCUAAUCUCGAAGCCCUCGGUCUUCAAGCAAACGGGGCACAUGAUGGCUCCAUUGAAAAUGACGUGAAUUCAAUCAUUCGAACUUCUAGGCCCAUGCAUGAGAUCACUUUCUCAACAAAUGACAAACCAAAAGUGCUAAGUCAGCUGACAACAUUACUUUCUGAGAUGGGACUGAAUAUUGAAGAAGCUCAUGCAUUCUCAACUACUGAUGGGUUCUCAUUGGACGUCUUUGUUGUGGCUGGGUGGCCUUAUGAGGAGACUGAAUUGCUUAAAGCUAAGCUGCGAAAGGAAAUUUUGAAGAGUAAGGAGCUUUCAAGUGAACAAAAUACACAAAAAUCGACAGUCAGUAAUGACGGGAGAAAGGUAAAUACAUCAAUAACCGAGUAUGUAAAAAUACCGACUGAUGAAAAUGAUGUCUGGGAGAUUGAUGUUCACCAGCUGAAAUUUGGCGAUAGGAUUGCAUCUGGAGCUUUUGGUGAUCUGUACAAAGGUAUCUAUUGCAGUCAAGAAGUCGCCAUAAAAGUCCUCAAACCUGAGAGGGUAAAUAAGGACAUGCUGAACGAGUUCACCCGGGAAGUCUUUAUCAUGAGGAAAAUUCGACAUAAGAAUGUAGUUCAGUUCUUAGGUGCAUGUACUAGACCUCCAAACCUCUGCAUUGUAACAGAGUAUAUGUCCAAAGGAAGUGUGUACAAUUUUCUGCAUAAACAAAAGGGAACCUUUAAGCUUUCUACCCUGCUGAAAGUUGCAAUCGAUGUUGCUAAAGGAAUGAACUAUUUGCACCAAAAUAAUAUAAUCCACCGUGAUCUCAAGACUGCAAAUCUUCUAAUGGAUGAACAUGAGGUAGUAAAGGUUGCAGAUUUUGGAGUUGCAAGAGUGGUGUCGCAGACUGGAGUUAUGACUGCAGAAACUGGUACAUAUAGGUGGAUGGCCCCUGAGGUAAUUGAACACAAACCAUAUGAUCACAAGGCUGAUGUUUUCAGCUUUGCUAUAGUACUUUGGGAGCUCUUAACAAGAGAGAUUCCUUAUUCAGACUUGACGCCUCUGCAAGCAGCGAUAGGUGUGGUGCAGCAGGGCUUAAGGCCUGAAAUACCCAAGGACACAAAUCCAAAGUUGGUGGACCUGCUUGAGAAGUGCUGGCAACAAGAACCAACCCUGAGGCCUAAAUUUUCAGAGAUUUUGGAGACUUUGCAGCGACUUGCCAAAGAGGUUGGUGACAAAGCAGAAGAUCGCCACAAAGACAAAUCGAUUGGAGGAUUUUUCUCCUCUCUCAGAAGGGGCCAUCAUUGA